AGCGCAGUACGCGCUCAUGCCUUUCCCGAGGCGUCUGGCUGGGCACCGCCAUUUUGGCCGGUGGCGGUGCGAACACGCUGUGAGGCUGAGACGGCAAGGCCAGCGGUGUUCUGCACGCCCGGCUGCGAGGGGACCGCUGUCUCCAGAAGAGCUGGAUAAUCAUUUUUACAAUUAUGGCGGACAAAUUAACAAGAAUUGCUAUUGUUAACCAUGACAAGUGUAAACCUAAGAAAUGUCGACAGGAGUGCAAAAAAAGUUGCCCUGUGGUUCGAAUGGGAAAAUUAUGUAUAGAGGUUACACCCCAGAGCAAAAUAGCAUGGAUUUCUGAAACUCUUUGUAUUGGUUGUGGUAUUUGUAUUAAGAAAUGCCCCUUUGGCGCCUUAUCAAUUGUCAAUUUACCAAGCAACUUGGAAAAAGAAACAACACAUCGAUAUUGUGCCAAUGCCUUCAAACUUCACAGAUUGCCUAUCCCUCGUCCAGGUGAAGUUUUGGGAUUAGUUGGAACUAAUGGUAUUGGAAAGUCAACUGCAUUAAAAAUUUUAGCAGGAAAGCAAAAGCCAAACCUUGGAAAGUAUGAUGAUCCGCCUGACUGGCAAGAGAUUUUGACUUAUUUCCGUGGAUCUGAAUUACAAAAUUACUUUACCAAGAUUCUAGAAGAUGACCUAAAAGCCAUUAUCAAACCUCAAUAUGUAGACCAAAUUCCCAAGGCUGCAAAGGGGACAGUGGGGUCUAUUUUAGACCGAAAAGAUGAAACAAAGACACAGGCAAUUGUAUGUCAGCAACUUGAUUUAACUCACCUAAAAGAACGAAAUGUUGAAGAUCUUUCAGGAGGAGAAUUGCAGAGAUUUGCUUGUGCUGUCGUUUGCAUACAAAAAGCUGAUAUUUUUAUGUUUGAUGAACCAUCCAGUUACCUAGAUGUCAAACAGCGCUUGAAGGCUGCUAUUACUAUUCGAUCUCUAAUAAAUCCAGAUAGAUAUAUCAUUGUGGUGGAGCAUGAUCUAAGUGUAUUAGAUUAUCUCUCUGACUUCAUCUGCUGUUUAUAUGGUGUACCAAGUGCUUAUGGUGUUGUCACUAUGCCUUUUAGUGUAAGAGAAGGCAUAAACAUCUUUUUGGAUGGCUACGUUCCAACAGAAAAUUUGAGGUUCAGAGACGCAUCACUUGUUUUUAAGGUAGCUGAGACAGCAAAUGAAGAAGAAGUUAAAAAGAUGUGUAUGUAUAAGUAUCCUGGGAUGAAGAAAAAGAUGGGAGAGUUUGAGCUAGCAAUUGUAGCUGGAGAGUUUACAGAUUCUGAAAUCAUGGUGAUGCUCGGAGAAAAUGGUACAGGUAAAACAACAUUUAUUAGAAUGCUUGCUGGAAGGCUUAAACCUGAUGAAGGAGGAGAAGUACCUGUUCUAAAUGUCAGUUACAAGCCACAGAAAAUCAGUCCCAAAUCAACAGGAAGUGUUCGCCAGUUACUACAUGAAAAGAUCAGAGAUGCUUACACACAUCCACAAUUUGUGACUGAUGUAAUGAAGCCUCUGCAAAUUGAAAACAUCAUUGAUCAAGAGGUACAAACAUUAUCUGGUGGUGAACUUCAGCGAGUAGCUUUAGCUCUUUGUUUGGGCAAACCUGCUGAUGUCUAUUUAAUUGAUGAACCGUCUGCAUAUUUGGACUCUGAACAAAGAUUGAUGGCAGCCCGGGUUGUCAAACGUUUCAUACUCCAUGCGAAGAAGACAGCUUUUGUUGUGGAGCAUGACUUCAUCAUGGCCACCUAUCUAGCAGAUCGAGUUAUUGUUUUUGAUGGUGUUCCAUCUAAGAACACAGUUGCAAACAGUCCUCAGACACUUUUGGCUGGGAUGAAUAAAUUUUUGUCUCAGCUGGAAAUUACAUUCAGAAGAGAUCCAAACAACUAUAGACCACGAAUAAAUAAACUCAACUCAAUCAAGGAUGUAGAACAAAAGAAGAGUGGAAACUACUUUUUCUUGGAUGACUAGACUGACUCUGAGUCUCAAUAAGCCAUUUAUUUCCUGGGAUUUUUAUCAUAUAAAACUUUAAUCAGGUUUCAUGGCCCCACAUACUCUGGAGCUUGAAAGUAUGAUUUUUCUUAAGUGACAUCAGAAGCCAGUUUUAUUGUAAAUUAGCCUAAGAACUUUUUCUGUUCUUAAGGAUAAAGCCCUUUUUAUGCAUAGUAUGCUAAAAUGAAGACUAAUUUCAAACUAUACAAAUUACUUCCAAGUUUUUGUGAUCUGGGAAGAUUUUCAAUUCAUGUAUCAUAUUCAUGUACCAAAUGCUUAUUAGUGUUGGCCCCGUUUAAAAAUCUUGAAUAAGAUCUGUACUUACCUGGUUUGCCAAAUAAUGGUAGCAUAAUGAAAUUGCCCUAUUUUAUAAGGCAGGCAGAUCAUACUGAUGAAGCUUGAUAAACAUUGGAAUUAUAUUUGCUAUGUUAUUAAUAUUUGCACGCUUCCAAUUUAGAUUGUCUACUACAAAACACCAUUGUUGGAAGAUAGGUGUUUGCUGCCAACUUACAAAUUGUUUUUAAUGAGCUUUUGGUGCUUUUGAACAUCUGUCAAAAAAUUAUUUCAAUGCCCUAACUUUAACUAUGGAUUUUUCAGUUUUCACAUUCUAUAAUUGUCAUUUUGUAAGCAUAAAUUUAAUCACUACUGACCAAGAUUUAGGAAGAAAAAAAAAACAUUUCUAAAGAAUAUAUGCUUCCUUUGAACUGCCGUGUCUGCUCAUGCCGGGGAGAUGGCUCAGUCAGUAAAAUGCUGGCUGCACAAAACCCGCAUGGACCCACGGUGCCGACUUAAAUACUGGCCAUGGCAUACUAGGCAGAUCCCAGAGCUCACUGGCCGGCCACCCUAGCAGGACUCUAAACUCUGGGUUCCAUGAGACCUUGUCUCAAAAACUAAGGAGGAAAGCGAUUGAGGAAGAUACCGGACAUCCUCUGACCUCUACAUGCAUAUGUGCACACCCACUUGCACACAAGAGGGAAAAAAACUACAUACUCAACAUCUUUACAGUUGGUGCCUAAGUAUCUGGAUUUUAGUGGGGUUUUCUGUGUAGUCAAGGGGUGACUGAAUUUCUUUCUGAUCAUCCUGUCCCACCAAGUGUGCUGGGUGUAUGCGGUGUUGGAGCUUCAUGCAUGCGAGGCAAGCACUCUACAACUGAGCUCCACCCCAGCUGUGUGUUUUUAUAUGGACUACAGAUUUUCUAUCAGGCAACCAAGGACAACCUUAAAACCACUUCUCCACUGAAUGCAAGAAGAAGCAAUACAAUGUGUCCAGUGCUCCCAUACAUACUCAUUUCUAAGUUUGAGCACCAGGACGUUAUCCAGUCCUUACAAAUAUGCUGAUGGAAUUAACUUACAAGGAAGAGGAUUUAUGAUUAAUAAUGAAGCAGGCCAGAGAAGAAAAUCGAAUUAUUUGACAAGAUCUUAACAUACAACCUCGAAAAGAACCUUUGUUUUAACUGGACCCCCUUAGACCUAAAAACGAAUUUAUAUGAAUAAUGCAUAAAUAUGUUGUAAAAGAAUUAAAAUAUACAGAAGUAUAUGGAAUAAAAUAUCCAUUACCCUUCUCAGAGAUUACCAGUGUUUGGUUAUUCUUUAUGUUUCUAUGCACUUAAUUAGUGUGAACAAGCAAAGGGUUUAUUUUUACCUAAGUGGGAUUAUAUUAAUGUAAGUGAUUCUGUUUACAGGCAGGUUAAAUUUGUGGUUAUUUCAGAUACACUGAAUGAGACAAUGUUUUUAUUUACUGAUUUCUUAUCCUGUUCUAAAGAAGAAAACAUGUUAAAAUAAAAGCAAAGUUCUUUCAACUUAA